AUGAACGACUUACAAGAGAGAGCCGGGAAGUAUAUUAAGGCAGAAGAAAGCCUAAGGAAAUCCCAGAAUAACCAAGGGCCGAGCACUAAUUUUAAAAAGCGUGGGAACGACGCCGAGUAUAACGCUGAGAACAAAUAUGCCAAAAAGGAUGAUGAUGAGAAGUCUCCUACUAAAAGGAAGGUAGGACCAAGGUUCACCGAAUAUGCUAGGCUCAACGCCCCGAGGAGUCAAAUCCUACUGGAGAUCGAAAAAGAUGAGAGUGUUGGAUGGCCGAAGCCCAUAAGGACCGACCCAGAGAAGCGAAAUAAAGAUUUAUUUUGUCGAUUUCACAAAGACACGGGGCAUAAGACCGACGAUUGUCGACAGCUGAAGGACGAAAUCGAAUUCUUGAUCCGAAGAGGCAAGUUGUCCAAAUUUACCAAGGAUGGAGACAAAAAUUAUCGGGACAAUGACAAUCGUGGAAGAGACAAUGAUGAUAAGAGAACUCAGCCUCGAGGGCCUGUGAUUAACAUAAUCUCCGGAGGGCCUACGGCUGCAGGCGCUUCAAGUAACUCAAGAAAAGCUUAUGCAAGGGAAGUGAUGAGUAUAGUUGGAGAACCCCCGAAGCGGGCAAAAAUUGACUAUGCAAUAGCAUUCGAUAACGUUGACCUCGAGAAGGUAAAGUUUCCCCAUGAUGACCCAUUGGUAAUUACACCGGUGAUUGGAAACUCGUCCGUAAAGAGAGUGCUUGUUGAUAAUGGAGCGUCGGUGGAUAUCUUGUUCUAUGAUGCCUAUGAAAAGAUGGGAUAUUCUGAUACUCAACUAACACCCUCGGAUAUGCCUAUAUAUGGCUUCAACAAUGUGGAAACUAAGAUUGAAGGCAUGAUCCAACUCCCUAUGACUAUGGGUACCGAACCUAGGCAAGCCACAUGUAUGAUAAACUUCUUGGUUGUUAAAGCCUCGUCUACUUAUAAUGCCAUCCUUGGAAGGACUGGGAUACACGCUUUUAAGGCAAUCCCGUCCACUUACCACAUGAAGAUUAAAUUCCCAACCAGGAACGGAAUUGGAGAAGAAUUAGGAGAUCAAAAAAUGGCCCGAAGCUGUUAUAUUGGGGCAUUAAGAUCUGGAGGUGCCGGGGGGCAAGUACUACCCAUAGAGGACCUCGAUGUCCGAGAAGAGGAAGAAAGGAGGGGCAAGCCCGCCGAAGACUUGAUUCCGAUCUCAUUGUAUACUGAGGAACCCGAAAAGGUUACUUAUGUUGGAGCCCUACUUCAGGAAGAUUUAAAGCAGGAACUAGUAAAAUUCUUGAGGAACAACCGUGAUGUUUUUGCUUGGACAGCGGCUGACAUGCCAGGUAUUGAUCCCUUAUUUAUGACUCAUAAGUUGAAUGUAAACCCCGAGAGGAAACCUAUUAAGCAGAAGAAAAGGAACUUCGCCCCUGAAAGGCAAGAAGCCAUUAAGCAGGAGGUCGAUAAGUUGUUGGAAGCAGGUUUUAUCGAAGAGAUACAAUUUCCAGAAUGGCUGGCCAACCCUGUUAUGGUCAAGAAAGCUAACGGGAAGUGGAGGAUGUGUGUAGACUUCACUGACCUAAACGACGCUUGCCCAAAGGAUUGUUUUCCUCUUCCGAGAAUUGAUACACUGAUAGAUGCCACUGCUGGCCAUGAGAUGCUAAGUUUCAUGGAUGGCUUCAGCGGAUAUAAUCAGAUCCGGAUGGACAAGGAUGAUGUACCCAAGUGGGCAAUUGAGCUUGGAGAAUUCGAUAUCCGAUACAAGCCUCGAACGGCGAUUAAAGCUCAGGCCUUAGCUGACUUCCUAGUUGAAUGCACCAUUAGCAACCAGGAAGUCGGGGGGCAAGGAGACAAGGUGGAAGAACCUACUAAUGAAGAAAAACCUAAAGAAUAUUGGCUACUAUUUUUUGAUGGGGCUUCAAAAACAAAAGGUAGUGGUGCAGGACUUGUGCUCCUAAGCCCUGAUGGCUUUACAGUGGAAUAUGCUAUUAAGCUAGAUUUUUCGACCACCAACAACGAAGCAGAGUAUGAAGCAUUAAUAGCUGGACUUGGUCUAGCUAGAACCUUGAGGGUAAAGAAUUUGAAAGUCUGUGGUGACUCAAAGCUUGUAGUCUUCCAAGUGAAUGGUGAGUUUGAAGCCCGUGAAGAGGCUAUGAUGAAAUACCUAAGGAUUGUAAAGACCCAGAUGGCACUAUUCGAAGAAUGCUCGGUAGAAUAUGUGCCCCGGGAGGAGAACACCAAGGCUGAUGCCUUAUCACAAUUUGCAUCCUCCGAUGAUGAGUUGUACUUGCAAAGCGGCCAUCUACCGCUUAAUGUUGAUGAAGCGCGGAAGUUACAGGUGAGGGCCCUUAAGUAUGUACUCAUUGAGGGGGUCUUAUAUAGAAAAUCGUUUGUGAUCCCUUAUUUGAGAUGCUUGAGGCCGGAUGAGGCUCGAGAAGCCCUUAGAGAAGUUCAUGAAGGGGUAUGUGGCCAACACCUCGGUGGAAGAGCAUUAGCUCAUAAAGUAACUCGCCUUGGAUUCUAUUGGCCAGAUAUGCUAAAGCACGCUCAAGACUAUGUGAAAAGGUGUGAUCGUUGUCAAAGGUUUGCACCCGUUGUACGACAGCCACCUGAGAUGCUGACGUCUAUUAAUACUCCUAUCCCUUUUGCAAUGUGGGGAAUGGAUAUUCUUGGACCGUUUCCACUUGCUAGUGCGCAGAGAAAGUUUCUAUUAGUCGCGAUUGAUUAUUUCACUAAGUGGAUUGAAGCCAAGCCGUUGGCCAAGAUAACCACUAAGCAAGUAGCUCAAUUUGUGUGGGAGAACAUUAUCUGCAGGUACGGAAUACCUCGAGUCAUGGUUACAGACAAUGGGACUCAGUUCAAUAAUACUGAGUUUAGAGGAUAUUGUGAGGAUUACUCGAUUGAGUUACGCUUCACUUCAGUUGCCCAUCCUCAAGCUAAUGGACAAGCUGAGAAAUAG